UUUCGGCAGUCUCCGCCGAUCCUCGCGGGAUUUCAGUUCCGCGCUCAGGUCGAGCCCUGUGGGCGGGGCGAGAAGAAAAAAAUGAUUGUUGUCCUCGCGUUUCCUGCUCCGGAAGUGAUUAUCACGGAAACCCGGAAGAAGUAGCUUGCGCGAAGGACGUGUGUUCGCUCCCAGAAGUAAAGAAAGGAAAGGUGCGAGUGAGAAGGACGAGCAAUAAUCUAGAUGCUCUCCAAAUUCUUGGUUAUGGAUUACUUGGCUCAUCCUGGUGCACUCAGCUUGGCUGUCGGAGUUGCUUGUGGCAUGUGCCUGGGCUGGGGCCUCCGUGUACGCUUUGGAAUGAUCCCCAAAAGCUCAGUGAAUGAGACAGACAGAGAGACCGGGACUGAAGCCAGCAUCUUAGGAGAGAGCGGAGAAUACAAAAUGAUUCUUGUGGUUCGAAAUGACUUAAAGAUGGGAAAAGGGAAAGUGGCUGCCCAGUGCUCUCAUGCUGCUGUUUCUGCCUACAAGCAAAUUCAGAGAAGAAACCCUGAGUUGCUCAAAGAGUGGGAAUAUUGUGGCCAGCCCAAAGUGGUGGUCAAAGCCCCUGAUGAAGAAACCCUGGUUGAAUUACUGACCCAUGCCAAAAUGCUGGGAUUGACUGUAAGUUUAAUCCAAGAUGCUGGACGUACUCAGAUUGCACCAGGCUCUCGGACUGUCCUAGGAAUUGGGCCGGGACCAGCAGACCUAAUUGACAAAGUCACUGGUCACCUUAAACUUUACUAAGUGGAAUUUUGUAUGAUGAUGCUGGUCCCACCACAAGUCACAUUCUAACAAUGUAUGCUGACUUUCUUCCCCCAAAUUCAAUAUUCUUGAGAUGAAAAUAAAAUCCGUUCCCAUGUUUUCUGUUA